CUCUCUCCGAAGCGGCCCGGGACUUGCGUUUGCGUCCGGCCUGAGACCACCGUUUCCCUACGUCUCACCAGGGCUAUGGCCUCAUGCGAGGAGGUGCGGCAGCUGAAAAAAGAAUAUACCCGAUCCUUGUCUAUGUGUGGCCAUGUUGGUUUUGAAAGUUUACCUGAUCAGCUGGUGGAUAGAUCCAUUGAGCAAGGCUUCUGUUUUAAUAUUCUCUGUGUGGGGGAGACUGGCAUUGGAAAAUCAACGCUGAUUAACACACUGUUCAACACUCACUUUGAAGAACUCGAGUCCUCACACUUCUGUCCGUGUGUUAGACUUAGAGCUCAGACCUACGAACUCCGGGAGAGCAAUGUUCGCUUGAAACUGACCGUUGUGAAUACAGUGGGCUUUGGUGACCAAAUAAAUAAAGAAGACAGCUAUCAGCCGAUCGUUGACUACAUAGACGAUCAGUUUGAGGCCUAUCUCCAGGAAGAACUGAAGAUCAAGCGCGCUCUUUUUAACUACCACGACUCCCGUAUCCAUGUGUGCCUCUACUUCAUUGCUCCGACAGGCCAUUCGCUAAGGACGCUUGACCUCCUAACCAUGAAGAGCCUGGACAAUAAGGUGAACAUUAUACCACUUAUUGCCAAGGCAGAUACAGUUUCUAAGAGUGAAUUACAGAAGUUUAAGAUGAAGCUCAUGAGUGAACUGGUCAUCAACGGUGUGCAGAUAUAUCAGUUUCCCACAGAUGACGACACAACGGCCAAGAUCAACGGAGCAAUGAAUGGCCAUUUGCCGUUUGCUGUUGUUGGAAGUAUGGAUGAGAUAAAAGUUGGAAAUAAGAUGGUCAAGGGUCGCCAGUAUCCUUGGGGUAUUGUACAAGUGGAAAAUGAAAAUCACUGUGACUUUGUAAAGCUGCGGGAAAUGCUUAUUUGCACAAACAUGGAGGACCUGCGGGAGCAGACGCAUAUGAGGCACUAUGAGCUGUACAGGCGCUGCAAAUUGCAGGAGAUGGGCUUUGUAGACAUGGGCCCAGAGAACAAGCCCCUCAGUCUUCAAGAGACUUAUGAAGCUAAAAGACAUGAAUUCUAUGGUGAACGUCAGAGGAAGGAAGAGCAGAUGAAGCAGAUGUUUGUGCAGCGAGUGAAGGAGAAAGAGGCCAUACUGAAAGAGGCCGAGAGAGAGCUUCAGGCCAAAUUUGAGCACCUCAAAAGAAUUCAUCAGGAAGAGAGAAUGAAACUUGAAGACAAGAGAAGAAUGCUGGAGGAAGAGUCAAUUGCUUUCGCGAAGAAGAGAGCUACCUGCGAGCUUUUCCCGAACCAGUCAUUUUUGACGUCAGGUAGCAGCCUUAGGAAGGACAAAGACCGAAAGAACUCCAAUUUUAUAUAACACAAGAGUUCCAGAGCACAGACGGUCAUCACAGUCAAAGGUCAUUUGUAUGAAUUGAGGCUUUGCUCUUUUUGCCUUAUCAGUAACUCAGCUAUUAUCUAGCAAAGGACUAACAUUAUUCAUACUUGUAGAAAAAUAGUUUCACGUACAAGGCUGAUCCGUAAGCCAAGGUGCAUAUUUCUCACACAUACACUGUGGUUAGGAAUCUGUCAGUUCCUAGUUUGCUGUCGAUCUUGAUCUGCUUUCCUGCUGCCGGAUGUUAUUCUGCUGAGUGUUACUCUAAGUAGCAAAGGUUUAUCACCAUUGCAACACUACAGAACUCCUUCAGAUUAUGAAUAUCUGAUUGCCGUUUUAUUCUUGCGUGAACCUAGUUUUUUGCUGUAUACUAAACAGAAAACACUGGAGGCAUAUACUUCAGAAUGUAUUACAGAGUCAAAGUUAACUUUAAACUAUGUAACUUUUUAUGAUUCAAUGUGCCUUGUUGUGUAUUGCUGUGAUAUAGCAAAAUAUGUUUAGAAAUUAAAACAUAUAUCUGAAGCUUGGUUAUGAUAUUAUUUUUCUUAAGAAAUCAUAUGUAUUUUUAAAAUUUUUUGCCUUUUAAGGACUAGGAAAGUUGAAAAAAAUAAAGCUGAAAAUUUUAUGAGAACAUCAGAAUCUUAAAUGUAUUAAAAACUUGAUACUUUGUAUUUCAGGAGAUAUUAGCAUUCAGUGCCUUAGUAGUCCUAGAGCAUUUUAAUUUUUUAUCUUUUCUAAUGGUUAUAGGUAUAUAUGUUUUCAUUCUUUUGUAUUUGAAUAUUCUGUAUUCUGAAUAAAAUUGAUACUCUUGACCAAUCUA